GUGCAACUCAUUCGUAGGUGUAUUCAAUACAAAAUCAAAGUGGUUGGCGCCUGCAUUACUUUAAGAAAUUGUUUUCUUCCCAAUACUAAUGUCUCUGCGCCGCGCAUUUCUCUUCGGAAGCAGUUUGUUAAAUAUCCGCAUCGCAUCAACUACACGAAUGGGUUCCACAUUGUCUUCUAAACACGAGGACGCAAGUAUGAUGGAAGGAUAUAAGGAAUGGAAGGCCAUGGGAGAGGGAGGUACGUCGCACAGUUGGGCCGGAUACAUGUCGCAACUGAGCGCGGAGAAGACCAUGGCGUUCGGGGCCGACGAGACGAUAAAACCAAAUUUCUAUGACAGGCCUGAGAAGCUCGCUGCCGGAUGGCGAAAAGCAACCGACGAGCAAAAGAACAAUGCGAGGAAGUCGUUCUUAGGGGAACUUCCGGUGAGGCCCGGUCCCCGUGCGAGGGCCAAGCGUUUCGUGUAUCCUCAGCGGGAGAGGAACGCCGCCGACCCCCUGGAUGAAGCAGUGAAGCAUGCCUAUCUAGAUUCCUUCAAUGCACUAGGCGACACCAAUGCCCAAUUCACCGAAUGGAAGACUUCAGCCCUCGAGAAGCACGGGCAAGCGCUCUUCCUCAAGCGCUCGAUCCUGCUCACGCCCCUAGCUGGACCAACCUCCAGGGAGAUCUGCCACAUCCAUGGCACCGACAUGUCGGGCCAUGUUACACUGUCAUUUAAGGACGCCGAAGAAGUCAUCUCGAAGGGUUGGGGCGAACGUCACCGUCUGAGCGGCACCGAUUGGAUUCAUCUCGGCUAUACCAUGCUCUAUGUGCCCAACACGGUGGAAGAAACGCAAAUUUUGACCAGAAUCUACCAAGCUGGGAUUGAUUACAUGAAAAGCGGUUGACUGGGUCCCGAUUAUCGUAGACGUGUGGGGUGUCAAUCAUCGGCCUAAACUUUGAAUUUUUGCUUUGUUAGUUAUGAUGAGCAUUGGCGUUGGUAUCGAGAGGGUGUUGCGACGACAAUAUUCUAUGUUGAAUGCAUAAGCUUAUAUGUUGAUAUCGCGCGAUAUUGGUAUCUGGGUCGCAUUAUCUGCAUGAUGACAGCAUUGAUGAGAUACGAUAAUACAUUAGAAUGCUGAAGAAACCUUACAUAUCCAAU